AUGCCUACGCAAUACCAACUUAUUUGGGGAACACAUAAAUUAGAUUUAUUAAAAUUAAAUCAGAGACCUAACCUUCUUGAGUUUUCCAAUUGGAUCUUUAAUUUUGGACUUUCUGCUAGCAGUGUGACCGUGACAACGAAUGUAUCCGCGAGCGAAAACAAUAUCCGAAAUAAAACAAAAAAUGCUUUCAUAAAUGCACACCGUGAAGUGCAACAGAGAAAAUGCUAUGUGUGCAAAAUGCUCUGUAAGAAUGUAGCCAACUGUGAAUACUUUCUGAAAGCCGACCGCGGUGAACGAUGGAAUAUUGUGCGAAAGAAUAAUUUAUGUAAACAGUGUUUAUACCCACACGCUUAUAGGGUAUGCAAGAGCGAGAAAAAAUGUGGCGUCAACGGCUGUUCUUACAACCAUCACGCUCUUCUCCAUCGCUUCUUUCCAGAAGUAAACAAACACGAUGAAAGAGACGGUGCACUAGACGAGAUAAACGUCAACGCGCAUAGUGAAUUAAACCACAAAACAUUGUUUAAAAUCUUGCCUAUAACUGUCUAUGGAAAAAACAAAACAAUUAAUACGUUCGCAUUCAUAGACGAGGGUUCAUCUGUAAGCUUAUGCGAGGAAGAUUUAGCAAUCGAAUUAGAAUUGGAAGGAACCCUACAUCCACUGUGCCUGAAAUGGACUGGGCAUGUGCAGCGGACCGAGAAUACGUCCAAGCGUAUUGCAGUAACUAUCAGUGGUAUAAAGGGAAGGCCUUCAGUAUUAGAAGUGCACACUGUUCGUAAGUUAUCACUUCCAACACAAACUCUUAAUUACGAAGAGCUAAGCGCAGGUUUUCAGCAUUUACAAAAUCUACCCAUUUCCAGCUUCAAGAAUGCUACACCGCGGCUGUUGAUAGGUGCUAACCACUGGAGCUUAGGAAUUCCUAAAGAAAUACGCGAAAACAAAUCGUCUGAGCCAGUGGCAGUGCGUACCGAACUAGGAUGGCUUAUAUAUGGAGGUGGGAAAGAUUUUAAAGACUCCUUUAAUCUUCAUAUCUGCGUGGUUGUUUCUAAAAAAGUAACUUUGGAAGAAGAUCGUGGAAUUACGCUACUUAAAAAGCACACCAAAAGGCGAAUCGAUAACCAUUUUGAGACUGGCCUGCUGUGGCGAUUUGACGAAUUCUCUCUGCCAGAGAGCAUCACAAUGGCAAAAAAUAGACUGCAAUGCUUAGAGCGAAAACUAAAGCGGCAACCAGAACUACUCGAGGUAUUUAGAAGAACUAUAAAGGAUUACUUAUUAAAAGGAUACAUUCGUAAAUUGCCCUUAACCGAAUUAAAUCCAAAUGUACCAAAUAAAACUUGGUAUUUGCCAAUUUUCGCAGUCUUCAAUAAAAAUAAACCAGGUAAGGCCCGCGUAGUCUGGGACGCUGCAGCCAAAUCGCACGGUGUGUCUCUGAAUUCUCUUCUAAUUAAAGGACCUGAUCUACUUACGUCUCUGCCUGCCAUACUGUUCCGCUUUAGGGAGAGAUCAAUUGCUAUUUGUGGAGAUAUAGAGCAAAUGUUUCACCAAAUCUUUAUACGACCAGAAGAUCAAGACGUCCAGAGGUUCUUAUGGCGAGACGGCGAUGAUGCCAAGCAACCUGAUGUUUAUGUUAUGAACGUUAUGAUCUUCGGCGCGUCUUGUGCUCCUAGUACAUCGCAAUUUGUUAAGAAUCUGAAUGCUUCAGAGUUUGAAGGAAAGUUUCCUGAGGCCGCUAAAGCAAUCAAAGAAGACCACUAUGUGGACGACUUUUUAAAGUCGGUAGACACAGUUCAAGAGGCAAUAAAACUGGUUGCAGAUAUUAAGUUUGUGCACAAACAGGGUGGUUUCAAUAUAAGAAAAUGGACUUCAAACAGCAACGAAGUAGUAUUAUCAAUUGAAGAGGACCAAUCCAUGCUAGAGAAGAGUCUGGAACUUAUUGACGAACCAGCAGUAGAAAAGGUACUUGGCGUAUUCUGGAUACCCAAAGAGGACAUGAUAACGUUCAAAACUUCUUCAGCAAUUCUGCAAAACGAUAUAUUCCUAGGAAAAAGACCACCCACCAAAAGAGAGAUGCUCCGUAUCUUAAUGUCCAUAUACGAUCCCCUUGGACUAAUAGGAAAUUUUCUUAUGUAUUUGAAGAUACUUCUACAGGAAGUAUGGAGAAGCGCAGUCAACUGGGAUGAACCAAUUUUAAAUGCGCAAGUAAUUAAAUGGAUCCAUUGGGUACAAUUCAUUCCCAGUUUACAAACGCUAAGAAUCCCUCGUUGCCACCUGCGAUAUUUUACGAACUAUGACGGCAUUGAAACACAACUACACACGUUCGUUGACGCAAGUCAAAAUGGUUACGCUGCAGUGUGCUAUAUUCGAAUCUCUGACGGUCAGAGAACUUCAUGCUCUCUAAUCGGAUCAAAAACAAGGGUAGCACCACUCAAAAUUGUGUCAAUUCCGCGCCUGGAACUUAUGGCAGCCGUCAUAGGUUCAAGAUUCGCAAAAUAUAUUGUGGACAGUCAUUCUAUUCGCAUGGUCAAACAUUUCUACUGGUCAGAUUCAAGGACUGUACUCAGUUGGCUGCGAGCGGCUGACCAUCGCCAAUACCAUCAGUUCGUAGCUUUUCGUGUAUGCGAAAUUCUCGACAAUACGGAAUUAAAUGAGUGGCGCUGGAUACCAACUAAAUUAAACAUAGCGGAUGAAGCAACGAAGUGGUCAAAAACUCCAGAUAUAACUCAAAGUAGCCGGUGGUUUACUGGGCCAAUAUUUUUGGAGCAGGAGGAAGCGAAUUGGCCAAAAGAAGAUGGUGACAUAAUACCAACAGAUCUUGAAUUGAAGCACCAAAUUUUGCAUAUCUCCAUAGUUAACCCGUUGUUCAAAGUACACCGGUUCUCUAAAUGGAUCAGGCUGCUGAGAACUGGCGCAUAUGUCUUUCGAUAUGCACUGAACUUGAAGCGUAAAAAAGACAAGUGUCCAUUAAUAUACGGUGAGAUAACACAAGAAGAGUUAAAGAAAGCUGAAGCAUUGUUAUAUCGACAAGCUCAACAGGAAGAAUACGGUGAAUAUAUCGACCAUUUAAGAUCCGGGAAGCGAUUGAAAAGGUCAAGCGUCUUAUAUCAACUUUCACCCUACUUGGACGCGAACGAUUUACUUAGAGCUGACGGACGAAUCGACAACGCCAAAGUUCCUGAAACUCAAAAGCAGCCUAUUAUUCUGCCAAAAAAUAAUUACGUAACAAGCUUAAUUCUGAUGCAUUAUCACACUAUUUACCACCAUCUGAACCAUGAGACUGCGAUCAACGAGCUUAGAAAAACAUUCCAUAUAGCCAACAUUCGUACUACCUAUAAAAAAGAGGUUAAAAUGUGCCAAAAAUGUAAAAUCGAUAAGGCGAUGCCAAGGCCCCCACAGAUGGCUAAGCUUCCUCCUGCUCGACUCGCCUCCUUCGCUGCACCAUUUACAUUUACUGGCCUGGACUUUUUUGGCCCCUUGACUGUUUCAGUUGGCCGACAUACGGAAAAAAGGUACGGAGCAUUAUUUACUUGCUUAACGAUAAGGGCAGUCCAUAUCGAGAUGGUGUACUCUCUUAAUACUAGCUCCUGCAUUCUAGCUAUUAGGAAUUUUAUGGCAAGGCGAGGCAUCCCAAGAGAGUUCUAUAGUGACAAUGGCACUAAUUUUGUCGGCGCAGAGAGGGAGCUACGGGAAGCAAUCAAAGAAGUCGAUGAAAAUGCUCUUAUACGAAAAUUUACAACAACUACCACGAAAUGGAACUUUAAUCCACCCGCCGCACCUCACAUGGGUGGUGCGUGGGAGCGUCUUGUACGCUCCAUUAAGACUGUGUUAUAUAAGAUUGCCCCGAGUCGAGCUCCCAGCGAUGAACUUCUCCGUAGCAUGCUGAUCGAAGUUGAAAACAUCGUCAACACUAGGCCUCUAGCCUAUAUACCUAUCGAAAAUGAUACAACGGAAGCUCUGACACCAAAUCAUUUCCUGCUGGGAAGUUCAAACGGCAUUAAACCAAUAGCAACAUACAACGACGAUCCAGUCGUACUUAAAAGUAGCUGGCUCAUGUCGCAACAAUUCGCUGAAAACUUUUGGCGAAAAUGGCUUUCGGAGUAUCUACCAUCUCUAACCCUUCGGACAAAAUGGCACGAAAAAAUAAAACCUUUGUGCGUUGGCGAUUUGGUUGUGGUGGUUGACCCUAAGUGCCCACGGAACGUAUGGCCACGAGGAAAAAUCGUAGAAGUGCGAACCGCAAAGGACGGACAAGUUCGUAGUGCUAAGGUACUAACAACUCACGGCAUACUGGAAAGACCAUCAACGAAAAUCGCAAUAUUAGAUGUGGCAGCCAGAAAGGAGUAAGGCAGCGAUAAUGUAUCUCGCCAUACUGGGGGGUGGUGUUACCGCCACUGUCAACACCCUGUAACUUAUUCUACUACAUUUCGUUUCAAACUUUCUUAUACCCUUUUUUCUUAAUAUUUUUUAACUUAAUCUUAUAUAUUAUAUAAUUGUCAUUUUCAUUUUACUUCCGAUGUCUUGAAUUACUUAUAAUUUAAUCUUACAAAUUCAAUCCAAACUGAUUAUACUUUGUGUGAUUAAUAAUCUUAAAUUUGUGCUUUAAUCCUUGGUUUCUAAACCAUAAAGUAAGUUUAUUAUUAAAUCAUAUUCUUAUUAGUUUAAAAGCAUAACAAUAUAUUUCAGGAAUUUUAAUCUUCUUUAAACUGAA